AGAGCUUUGAGAAUCCCCUCCUUCCUCUUCCAAGUCCCCACCUCUCUCCUAAACAGAUUAUUGAGGAGCUAAAGGAGCUUGCAUCGGUCCCUGUGUCGUCUCAAUAAGGCUUAAGAGUUCCAGAGGAAACAGAUGGGAUAAGAAAACCAGGGGAUCUAAUUACAGAGGCUUAUUUAGCAAUACAAGGCCCGUCCAGAACCCAGUCGCAAGCCUCAAGCCGCUGCUGCUCCUCGCAGUUUCUCUUUCAUAGUUAUUCGUCUCAAAGCCUUGAGACAGCUACGGUUGUUUAACAUGGAGAAGGAGGAAGAGGAAGAUGAAAUCUUUACCACAUUUCAGGGAGGAUAUGAAAGGCAGGAAGAUGUGAAGGAGCAAGAGGAAGAAGAAGAACAAGAGGAAGAGGAGCCAGAGGCUGAGAGGAAAAGCAGUUGGGAUGUCCCAAUUCCAAGUCGAUCACUGGCCAGUCGCAGAGCUUCACUUCCAUGUCCGGCUCAGCUGAAUGCAAUGCAUCUGAGCCGUCUGCACGCUGCCACCACAAACCCUAGCCCUAGGCCAGCGUACCUGAGCCACUGGCUUCAGAGCGGUGAGGCAAGGCCAUGCUCUCGCUCCAGCCAUGUUGCCAAUAGAGAAGAGGAAGCACACACCAAGAGCAGCGCAUGUGAACGACGCCCACAUCCCAUCCCAACCAUCCCUGAGGUGCACGAGCCUCUGGAGAGAAAAGCUCGGUUUAGGAGCCGCAAUGUCAUGUCUCUGAGUGAUGCAGACAGUUUGUGUCUGAUCUGCCAUGAUGACCUACGCAAAGGAGGAGGAGUUAUCAGAAAGCUUCACUGUUCCCACAGCUUCCACAGUGAGUGCAUAGAGGAAUGGCUGUGGACCAAGCAAACCUGUCCUACGUGUCAAAAGCAUGUUGCCAUGCCAGAGCCCCUGUACUGGACAUCUACCAGAGUAAUAGUGCCCUGAGCUCUUCCAGCCAUCUCCCAUUCAAACUACCUUGGACAUCAGAUGGCUAACCAAAACAUCAGACAUGAUGGUGGAUAACUGACAUGGAUAAAGUUAUUCAGAGAAACAUACUGGUAGAGCAUUUGUUUGUACAUAGGCUAAAUGAUUUUAACUUCACUAAGUGUAAAACUUUUUUUUUUUUUUUUAAAUACUUACAUAUUAAUAAAAUGUGUUCUUUUCUAUUGUGUUUUUCUUUUUCUGCAGGAAUGUAAGCAAACUGCACAAGUUUUAUGAAGUUGUACAAUUGUACAUUUUAAAAUGUACCUCGCUAUAUUAGUAAUUCAGAGUAGGCCUACUCGCAAUGUUCCGUUUUCAAAACAUGUAACUACUAUCAAAAAAAGUGUAGGCCUGCAUUUGCCAGGUGUAUCUGAGUAAAUGUGCUUUUGUUUUACUAUGCUGUACUACUUGGGAAUUUUUUUGGCAAUUCUUACCAAAACUAACAAGUCAAAAUAGCAUUCCUGUGAUGUUUACUAAACUUUAAUUGAAAACAGCCAAUAAAAUAUAUUUUAAUGUUGUCGUCAUCUUUGUCCUUGAGGGUUUUUUUAUUUAUUUUUUUUACCAAAGGAGCAUGUUUUAUUAUAAACCUAUGUCUUUGAUGAAGUUUAAACAACGACCAUUUUUAUCUAACAUCUGAUCACUGAUCUAUAUAUAUUAUAGAUCAGUGCAUCUGAUGUGUUACAUACAGGAUGAUAGUGAGACAAUUUGAGGUUAAACAAGUUAUUGUGUGGUUAUUUUGCACAGUUUAAGUUAAUGUAAAUACCUAGCUAAGCUGUUACGUGAGUAUGUUAUGUUUAGAUACAUAAAGUUUAAAUGAGUAAAAUAACGGCAAUGGAAUUCCACCAAAAAUAAAAAAUAAAGUAAAUUCUGAAUACUUGUUACACCUCUUUUAUUAAGAUUUCAAAAUGGAUCGUCUAGAAACAUAUUGAUACAUACUUUAUAUAAUCGGGGUGGAUGUAAUACAAAACGCAAUAAGCGUAUAAAAAUGUUUACAACAAAAGCAAACAAAUCACGGAUCUUUUUCUUAAACUAUGAGCUGCCUUUUGUAAAUUCUAUGGUUCUGGCUUCCGGUCUCAUCUGCGUCCACUCCGUCCAGCUAUUUUAAGCUGAACAAACCCGUUCGUUUUGCUGCUUGAUAUUGAAAGUUGCUGUGCCUUAUCAUAUUAUUUUAAUGUAUUAUCGUAAUUAUGAACACAU